AAAAUGGGAGGCAGGUCUCGGGUCGUGUCCAGAUGGUAACCCUAGAUUUGGUAAACUCUCGCGAGCCGCCUUAAAAUAUUCUCCUUGUCUCUCUGGUUUAUAAUAUGUUAGCGCUGUGGUUAACAUCUGGUUAGGCUUUGCUUAAAACGAUAAUUUGGUAAUGUGGAUGAAAGUUACUACUUUCCUUCCAAAUCUCGCGAGAGUUUUGCAAUUUUUUGCAAAUCUACGGUUACCAUAUCUAAACAUGACCCUUGUCUCGUCUGAGGUCCACCCUGGUGUGACCCAAAAUACUUCUCAUUGAUAGUUUUUGCUUUUUAAACAGUUCGGAUCCACUUUUUUGCAACUUUUUUGUAACUCCUUUGUUUUUGUAACUGUUUGUUGCGGAAUGGAUACUUGCGAAGACGUGCGGGAAAAUGUUAAGAAAUACUACGGCAGUCGGCUGGAGUCCUCUUGUGAUUUGCAAACAAGUGCUGCUUCCUGCAGUUUGUCUUGCCGCCCAGUGCCAAGAAGUGUCACUGAUGCUCUGAGCCUGGUUCACCCCGAGGUGAUCAAAAGAUUCUACGGCUGCGGCCUCCCAUUUCCAGCGAAGCUUGAAGGCUGCAGAGUCCUGGACCUCGGCAGCGGCUCUGGCAGAGACUGUUAUGCCUUCAGUAAACUCAUUGGACCAAGUGGGCAUGUCACCGGGAUCGAUAUGACAGAGGAGCUGAUCACAGCAUCUCGUCAGUACAUUGAGUACCAUCAAAAGAAAUUUGGCUAUGAGGAGCCCAACGUCACUUUCGUCCAGGGGUAUAUGGAGAAGCUCGGUGAAGCUGGCAUACAGAGUGGCUCAAUGGAUGUUGUUCUGUCCAACUGUGUAAUCUGUUUGUGUCAUGAUAAAAGAACAGUGCUACAGCAAGCCUAUAAUGUCCUAAAGGAAGGAGGUGAACUGUACUACAGCGACAUGUAUGCCAGUAAAGUCGUGCCUGAUCACAUGAAGCAAGAUGCAGUUCUGUGGGGUGAAGGAAUGGGAGGCUCUCUUUUUUGGAAAGACCUAAUUUCUUUGGCCCACAGUGUGGGUUUCAGCACUCCACACCUUGUUUCAGCAAGCCAGAUUGUUGUUUACAACUGUGAGCUCAAAGCAAAAGCAGGUGACAUCAGCUACGCGUCGGGCACUUACAGGCUCUUUAAACUGCCCAAACAUCCAGUCAUGACUAAAGCAACUGUGACCUAUAAGGGAACUGUGGCAGAUUGUCCAGAUCAGUUGGACUUUGAUUCAUCACACUGUUUCAAGAAAGAUGUUGCAGUGGAGGUAAAUGGAGAGAUGGCCGCAAUCCUCCAGAGUUCCCGUUUUGCUCCGGAUUUCAAAAUCCAGACUUUGGAUAAACCAGAGUCCAGCUCUGAGUCAACCCCACAGUACUGCCAUCUCAACCCAUUUCUGUUGGCUGACAAACUGGGAUCCUCGGUGAAACAAUGCUCCAAAACGAGCAAAUAAAGAAGAAGCAGGAAAUUGUCCUGAAGACAGAGGACAACUACGGAAAUUAAACUGUCAGACAUUAAGAUUUGUUGAUUUUAUCAAGUCCAUAAAGAUUUGUAAGAAGCAAAUCAUUUUAUAGUCAUUGUGUACCUCCUGUGAUGUAGUUAAAGACAGUUUAGUCAGGUGUCAAAUAAACUUUGAAUUUCAUGAUUUAUGUCUGUGCUCGUAGCCAAUGCUGUUAUAACAAAUAAACUUGUGCAGACACUAAAUUUAUUUUUGUAGUUAAAUGACUAAAUUCACAAAGUAAUAAAAUUGUUUGAACUUUGUCUGCAA